AGCAUGGCGGCCACUCAGGGCGACGGGCCCGACAGUCGGGCGGUGUGUGCGUGCACGCAUGCGUGCGCGCCUGCGCGUCGCCGCCGUCUGUGGGUUGGCUGAUUAUUUUGCAAGCGGGAGGGGCCGUGCGCGCUCUUGCCUCAGGCCUCUGUCCCCCACCCCCUUCGCCGGUACUGGUCUCUUCUUCGGAAAGAUGUCGGACACGGCCGUGGCUGACACUCGGCGCCUUAACUCGAAGCCGCAGGACCUGACCGAUGCUUACGGGCCGCCAAGUAACUUCCUGGAGAUAGACAUCUUUAAUCCACAGACGGUGGGCGUGGGCCGCGCGCGCUUCACCACCUAUGAGGUUCGCAUGCGGACAAACCUACCCAUCUUCAAGCUGAAAGAAUCAUGUGUACGGCGACGCUACAGUGACUUUGAGUGGCUGAAAAAUGAGCUGGAGCGAGAUAGUAAGAUUGUAGUACCACCACUGCCUGGGAAAGCCUUGAAGCGGCAGCUCCCUUUCCGAGGAGAUGAAGGGAUCUUUGAGGAAUCUUUCAUUGAAGAAAGGAGGCAGGGCCUCGAACAGUUUAUUAACAAAAUUGCUGGGCACCCACUGGCUCAGAAUGAACGCUGUCUACACAUGUUCCUGCAGGAGGAGGCAAUUGAUAGGAACUACGUCCCUGGGAAGGUGCGCCAGUAGGAGUCCCUCUCACCACUUGCCCUCAACUUUACCUGCUGAAAUGACAUUGGUUUUUACACUAAGCCUCUCUCUCUUUUUGAUCUGAAGUUGGCUGCCCAUCCCCUGGCCUGAUAGACUGUCUUGCAUUGUGUCCUUUGGUACCAGACUAAACCAUGUGGGCACUGUGCUAGUAUCUCUUCUCUGAAGAGAGGUGGGAAACCACAGGCAGAUGCUCUUUGCUUGGGGUUGGGGUGGGGGAGGGAUUGGAGUGGAAGGCAAUUUUUGGGCAUUUUACCCAUGUCAGAAGGCUAACCUUGGGGGGUGGGGGGUUUGUGCUGGUGAGGCACUGGGAUAUAUUACUGAUGCUGCAAGUCUAGGGGCUUUUUCUUAUUCUUAGGUUUCACAAGGAACACUGAACAGGGAGAACCUCUGCUUUUCUUACCUGCAUGACAAUUUUCCUUUGGGGGGGAGGUAGUAGAGACCCAAAACUUCUUGUUUUUCUAGGCCUGUUCCCAGUUUUCUCAGCAAUUUUUUUGUUUGUUUUUUUCUCCCUUGUUGUUUUUCAUGGCAGUAAUCCUCCUCGAGUUUAACCAGUCUGAUAUGUGGAGCAGGGUGUAUGGGUAUUAUGGGCCCAUCAUAUGGUUAUUGCAAAGUCAAGAAAGCCAUAGGGUAGUAGGCUGUUCCUAUUGCCUAGCCCCUAGCCCUUUAUGGCUUCCUACUCUGACUGUCUACAUUUUGCUCACUAGCUAAUGAGUCAGUAUGGGCCAGCAGUUCUCCCUCCUCAACCCUUGUGAAUUUAUGGGUUAGUUUUGUGGGUUUUGAGGAAUAAGAGCAACUUACCACUGCCAGGUGACUUCCUGAAUGGUGGAGGGGGUCAUGUUCUAGGUUUCUCUAUGUAGUAAGGAAGAGCAACAUCACUUUCCUCCUUCCAUUCCUCCUUUUCCCAUGUCAUUUAGUGCUGUUCUAAGGGCAGAAGCACACAUACCACAGCUUCUGGUUUCUCCUAAGCACUUUGAGCUAUCAAAUGGGGCUCAGAGGCAAGAGUUGUCUGCUGCCUUCCCCGGCUUGGUCACAGGGUUAUUGAACUGCCUGCACUUGUUUCCCAUGGAACUCCAGUGUUGUUCCCAGAAAUGGGAAUAGAGCUAGCAGCUAAAUAGAGAGUUCCCCAAUCUUAGAGGCUAAAGCAGCUUCUUGAGGCUGGCAGCUCUCCUAGGCUAUUGUUUGGAAGGUGGUGGUUUGUUUACUGGGACCUGCUGUCUGUCCAAAUGGUGGGAUGAGAGCAAGUUAACUCUGGUACUAGGUGAAAGUGGGGCCUCGGGUUAGACUCCUUAUUGUGGAAGGAUUUGUGUUUUCUAUGUAAGUCCUUGGGGGGAAAGGAUUGCUGAUUCUGAUGUGAUCCUGGUCCGAGAGAUGAGGAUUAGAUUUUGACAUGGUCUUGGAGCCCAUCUCAUUGUUGAAGAUCCUUGAGAUAGCUCUCUAGCUGCUGUACCCAUGCUGGAGGCUGAGCAGCCCCUUUCCCACCUCACCAGUGUCCGUGUCCUUGCUGCCUUUUGAUUUGUAUCCUCUGUUACAGAUAUUUUUUUAAACAUUUCUUCUUUCAUUGUGCACAAGUGCUGAGACUCUGAGGCCCCAUUUCUGCUGUGUAUAUAUCCUGACUCGGGGCUUUUAUUCAGCAAGCUGUUCAUUCUUCUGUCAGACAAUGUCAUAUUCAACUCUGUUCAUAUUAAACCACUGUGAAGCAA